UUCAACCAUCUCAGUUAAUAUGCAUUUUAGUGCCUUAAAUAUAAACAAAUUUUGCAACACUGGCCAGGUACAUCAUUUACUGUGAGAUAAGAAUGUGCAAAUGCAAUCCUUACAGUAAUUAACUCUAUGUACUAUAGAGUUCUACUGUCCGAAAAUCUCUUAGCCAUGAGUAUUUGUUACUAAUAAUAGGGAUGACCGCAUUGAGUGUGACGUAGUGAUACCUGUAAUCUGAAAAUGUGCUAUUGAUAAGCUUGAAAUACAUAGUUACAUAGUUUACAUAGUUACACUAAUCGUUUACGUUAUAAAAGUGUAAAAUAAACGAGGAGACAGUAAAAAAGGUUACUAAAAGAGACGAUUUGUUGAGCCUUAAAGCAUGCUACUUAUGACAUUGAAUUGAUCGAAAUAAGUCAAAUGAAUGAAAGAAAUGAGUUUUUAAAACAAAAAAUGAAAGAAAUUGAUUGCCAGUUACAUAAAUAGCAUGAUCAACGUAACCGCACUCUGGAAAGACUGCGAGAAACAGAGACUAUGGUGGAUGAAAACAAAACGUCACUAGAAAUAAAAAUUAAAAGUCUUGAAAGAAAUAUUGAACGCCGCGAUCUGCAUGUUAAGGGUCUUGAGGGAAAGUUAGACAGUAAGAGGACUGAAUUGAGAUGUGGAAAUGAACGUCUUGAACAGAAACUGAUUGCAAAAGACAGACAGUUAUCUGUAAUUAAUGCCCAGUUGGAAGAAGCUUUGAAUCAAUUACAGGAAACAAAAAGCGACCAAGGUAGAAUCCUCACCUCUCUAAAGAAUGAAAAUGUGUGUCUUUUGGCACAGGUAGAGUUAAGAGAUUUGAAAAUAAAUAAUCUAAAGGGAAUUUUGGAAAGUGCAAUUACUGAAACAAAGAAGGAAAGACUAGCAUAUGAAACUACACAGGUGAGAGAUAAUCAGAUAUCUAAACUAAGAUAUCAACAUCAACACACUUUGAAAACAUUGCAGAAUAGAGAGGCAGAAAGUACAAUUACUGAAACAAAGGAUGCGAAGAAACGAAUAGCAAAUGAAACUGCGCAGGAGAAAGAUAACCAGAUAUCUAAGCUAAAAGAUCAACAGCAACACACCUUGAAAACAUUGCAUAAUAGAGAGGCAGAAUUGAAUGAAAUUAUCACAUCACUGGAGAGAAAACUUAACUGUCUUAAAUCAGAGCUGGAGCUCCGUGAUCAGAAGAUUAAACAAUACGAGGAAAUAUCAAAAGAUACAAAUAUCAAAAUGACACGAAUUAGUGAUAGAACUGAAUUUCUAGAAAUCAAAUUGAAGGAAAAAGAUGAGCAUACUGAUCAGCGGGAUCGCACUUUGGAAAGACUGCAAAAAUCGAAAACUGAAUUAGUAGGAACUAUCGCUGACUUAAAGAAGAAAAAUCUAGACCUUGAGGCACAUAUUGAGGAUAGUGAUCUAAAAGUAAAGGAUCUUGAGAAAAGGUUUAACAGUAUGAGGACUGAACUAAAAGGUGAAAAUAAGCUUCUUAAAAAUAAAUUGGGGGAAAAAAAUAGGGAUCAAAAAGAACAGCUACAACAAGCUAACAAUCAGUUAUAUAAAAGAGAGGUCGAAUUAAAUGGCAUUAUAACCUCACUUAAGAAACAAAAUCAGGAAAAGGAAUAUCAGAAAUCUAAACUGGAAGAUCAGCUGAAACAAACUUUGAAAAAGUUGGAUGACAAAGAGGUUGAUAUGACCGAUACUGAUACUUCACUGAACAGGAAACUCAAGUAUCUUGAGGCAGAGGUGGAUCGCCGUGAGCGGAAUGCAAGACAUCUAGAGGAACUUUUAAACGAUAGAAAGAUAGAAGUGACUAAAGUUACUGAAAGAAAUGAACGUCUAGAAAAAAAGUUGAAAGAAAUGGAUGACCGGUUACGUGAACAGCUGCGAAAGAAGACUCAACACUUUCAGAAAGAGGUUGAACACCGUGACCGUAAAGUGAAAGAUCUGGAGAAAAUGUUACACAGUAAAUAGGUUAUAAAC